UCCAUCUAUAUAACACAUAGCUCCUGUCUAAAAGAGUGCAUCAGAGAGAGUGUGAGUGAGAGAGAGAGAGAGAUGGCGGGGCGUCUCCCAUAUCAAGUGGAGAGACGCCACUUGUAUCCAGGCGAUCAUAUCUACACCCGCACAGCUCUUCGUGUGUACCAUGGUAUCUACAAGGGUGGAGACCAAGUGGUGCACUUCAUUAGCCGGGCUCCACAAAGAAGAAUGGGACGCUGCUCAGCUUGUGACUUGUUAGAUUAUAUUGAUCGUAACAGUGGAGUCGUCGUAUCGUGUCUCGAUUGCUUCCUUAACUCGGGAUUGUUAUUCCGUUAUGGGUACGGCGUUAGCGCGAUAACCUUUUUUUGGCGCAGUGCCUUUUUCAAUACUACAGCAGAAUCCGGUCCGGUGGAGGUGGUGAUGGAGAGGGCUGAGAAUCUUCUUAGAACCAAUGGAUUCGGGAAAUAUAGUUUUUUUACUAAUAACUGCGAAAAUUUUGCAAUUUACUGCAAAACCGGGCGCUCUUGGAAUAAGGGUCAAGCCUUCUUCGGCAGUGGAGGAAACACAAAUCCGAUGCCGGCGGCGACUUCGCCUACAAACAUUCAUGCAUGCGUCGAGUCUGGAGAUCUCACUGCCCUGCAGACGCUACUCGCUCAAAAUCCUUCUUCUCUCAACGAAAGGAGCAAUGUUUUGAUACAGACGCCAUCACAUAUUGCUGCUAGUCAGAACAAAGUUGAUAUAAUGAAAUAUUUGUUGGAGUGGAGUGGAUCAGUGAAUGUGGAGUUGGAAGCCAACAACGCCUAUGGUGAGACCCCUUUGCACGAGGCAGCUAAGAAUGGAUGCAACGACGCCGUUAGGAUGCUUCUUCAGCACGGUGCCAACGUCGAAGCCAGAACCAAUAAGUCGAAGACUCCGUUGCAUCUUGCCGUUCGCUACGCGCUGAGGUCCGGAGACAACUCGGUUGUCAAGACGUUGUCUGAAUACAAUGCUGAUUUCUCAGCACAAGAUGAUGAAGGCAGGACUCCAUUCAAUUAUCUUCCAUCAGGAGUCGCCGAAAACGAUGAACUGAUGCGCCUCUGCAAAAAUCUGGCCCCACAGAUGAACAUCUUCACUCAGCAGAGGAUCCAAGAGGAUGGUGGGAUGCAGGGGAAGAUGGAUGAAUUUGAGUUGGAGCUAUCCAAGAUAGUAGGACUACACGAGCUGAAGCGGCAGCUUCAAACAUGGGCCAAGGGCACGCUCUUGGACGAGAAGCGCCGUGCCAUGGGCGUAGACCUCGGCCCCAGGAAACUAUCACACAUGGCCUUCCUUGGAAAUCCCGGGACAGGUAGCAUGCCCAGCCCCUGCUUAUAUGUUUUAUUAGACUUACCAAUAUUACUAAUUCUUGCAGGCAAGACUACAGUUGCAAGAAUCCUAGGAAAAAUACUAUGUUCUGUUGGUGUUCUGUCUUCUGAUAAGGUAACGGAGGUGCAACGAACGGAUUUGGUCGCGCAAUAUAUCGGCCAAACUGGUCCAAAGACUAGGAUAAAGAUUGAAGAGGCAAUGGGUGGGAUUUUGUUUGUGGACGAAGCAUACCGUCUAGCGCCUCCAGACAACAUAAGAGACUUCGGCAAGGAAGCACUGGAAGAGAUCAUGUCAGUGUUGGAGGAUGGCCAUCUCCUUGUGAUCUUCGCGGGCUACACGGAGGACAUGAACCGUGUCUUCGCUUCCAACGAAGGCUUCCGUAGACGGGUAGCUCACUUCUUCAUGUUCGAUGACUUCAGCAGCAGGGAGCUCGCAGAGAUGCUGCUGGGAAAGAUGAGCAAGCAGGAUAAGAGGAGCCAGUUGUACGGGUUUAAGCUCGAUUCUUCCUGCAGUCUUGAUGCUGUUGAGUCGGUUAUACAGAGGAAGUCGAACCAGAAGCUUAGGAAUAAGAUGAAUGGAGGUUUGGUGGAUCAUUUGCUCAACAAAGCCAAAGAGAAUCUGGAUUCUAGGGUCAACUUUGAGACCAAAGAUGAUGAGUUGUUGACCAUCACGUUGAAUGAUUUGGAGGCCGGCCUCGAGAAGCUGGUGAAAAACCAACAAAUUUGAUUUUGAAUGCUACUAUAUACUCCCUCUGUCCGCCAAAAGUAGACUACUUUGGUUGGGCACGAGAUUUAAUAAAAUUGGUGAUGAUUUUGAUAUAGUGGAGAAAGAGUUCCACCACUUUAGGGGAUGUGUGGUUGAGAUUGAAUUUGGGGUGAGUUUUAUUGUAAAUAAAGAGUGUUUGUAAGAUAAAAGAUUAAAGUGGUGGGACCAUUUCCAUAAUUAUAACUAGUAUUACUCUCGUGCGAUGCACGGUCAUACCUAUUUAA